AUGUCGUGCGGAGCCUGCGGCCGGGCAGUGCUGGCGCUGCUGACCCUCUCCCUUGGCUUCGCAGCCGACGAGCUGCUGUGUGCCUGCGAUGUGCCGCACUGCAGCCUGCCCACCUGCAUGGGCAAGGUGUGCUUCGUCAGCAAGAGGAAGGAGGAGGGGACCAUCACCCAGCACAAGGGCUGCUUCUCCCAGAACAUCCUGGAGAACUGCCGCAUGCCCGUGACGGAGCAGUACGGCAUGAGAUGCUGCGACUCCAGCAUGUGCAACGCCGACCUGGAGAUCUUCCUGCAAGAAGAGGACCUGGGAAAGGCGUCUUCCCUGCCCAACCUCCUCCUGAUGAUCUUCAUCCCACUGCUCGCCCUCCUCAUCCUCACGGCGCUCACAGUGCUCUUCUGCUGGAAGGUGGCCCAGCACCGCCACAGGGAAAGUGACUUGGGAGACAUGGACCUCAUGCUGAAAGCAUCCAUGGUGGGAGACAGCACUUUAGAGGACUUGCUGAAUGACGACUGCACCACGGGCAGCGGGUCAGGGCUGCCCUUCCUCGUCCAGCGAACGGUGGCUCGGCAGAUCACCCUCGUGGAGUGUGUGGGCAAAGGGCGCUACGGCGAGGUGUGGCGAGGCGUGUGGCACGGGGAGAGCGUGGCCGUGAAGAUCUUCUCCUCCCGGGAUGAGCAGUCGUGGUUCCGUGAGACGGAGAUCUACAACACUGUCCUCCUCCGGCACGACAACAUCCUGGGCUUCAUCGCCUCCGACAUGACAUCAAGGAACUCCAGCACCCAGCUCUGGCUGAUCACCCACUACCAUGAGAACGGCUCGCUCUACGACUACCUGCAGCGGACGGCCCUGGACGUGGAGACCUGCCUGGGGUUGGCCUCCUCCAUCAUCUGCGGCCUCGUCCACCUCCAUGUGGAGAUCUUCGGCACCCAGGGCAAGCCCGCCAUUGCCCACCGCGACCUGAAGAGCAGGAACAUCUUGGUGAAAAGCAACCGGCAGUGCUGCAUCGCGGACCUGGGGCUGGCCGUCAUGCACUCCCAGGGCAGCGACUACCUGGACAUCGGCAACAACCCCCGGGUGGGCACCAAGCGCUACAUGGCCCCGGAGGUGCUCAGCGAGCAGAUCCGCACCGACUGCUUCGAGUCCUACAAGAAGACGGACAUCUGGGCGUACGGGCUGGUGCUCUGGGAGAUCGCCCGGCGGACGGUGGUGAACGGCAUCGUGGAGGAGUACCAGCCGCCCUUCUUCGACGCCGUCCCCAGCGACCCCAGCUUCGAGGACAUGAAGAAGGUGGUAUGCAUCGACCAGCAGACCCCCGUGGUCCCCAACCGCCUCUUCUCCGACUCGGUUUUGUCGGUGCUGGCAAAGAUCAUGAAGGAGUGCUGGUACCAGAGCCCCUCGGCCCGCCUCACUGCCCUGCGGAUUAAAAAGACGCUGAAGAAGCUGAACAGUUCCCUGGAAAAGCCCAAGCCGGAGCAGUGA